AUGUUUGCUCGGCCCUCACAAGAUGAUGGCCAAGGCAAAGCCAAGGUCGAUGAGCUUCUGACCAAGCUCACCGCCGACUUGCAGGACGAGAAAUUAUCAGAAGCACAAGCCCCAAGACAGUACCUACUGGACUUGGGAUAUGGCGACAAAGCAGCCCAGAGACUUAGAAACGAUGAUCGGGAUGACGAGUUUCUAAUUUCGCGCAUCAUCUUCCUCCUGACAUAUAAGACUACUGUCGACCUCAGAGAGCUUGUCGAGAAGCAUGAACUAGCCAGCAGCAUCUGCAGGAACUUAGCCGGGCACGCCGAUAGACUCUCCGAUCCUGCCAGUCAAGUCGCCCAUCCCAUGAAUGACAUGGCAUUGUCAGAAUCUUUGAAGCUGUUAUUCAAUGUAACAGCUAGACAGCCCGAACUAGCGGCCAGAUUCGCAAGCUCUGUGCCAGAUCUGUUCAGUAUUCUUUCUCACCAGAAGUUGCCUGCGCCACCAUUGCAAGGCACUGUUAGUGCCAUCAUCAAUGCAUUGAUGAACAUGGAGAUGACGCAAGAAACAUGUCCUACUAACGCGCAGCUUGAGCAAUUGAUCGGCAUCCUGGAGACUUCGUUGGAAGCAUAUUCAGAGACUAAACUUGAUCAAGCCGCAACCCCAUUAUUGACACUUUUGCGAAAGAUCCAGGAGAAGGUAUCACCAGAUGUCCGCAAACACAUGCAGUCACUCUUAUUACCCGACGAACAGGCCCGUUCCAAGCCUCUAGGUCAAGGUGACUCUUUGCCAUCUAGACUACUUCGACUUUCCAUCUCUCCAUCCCUGAUGAACUUGCGUGAGAGCAUCUCCGCUCUGUUCUUCGAGCUUUCCGACAGCAACCCAACAACUUUCAUCCACAACAUUGGAUAUGGUUAUGCUGCAGGUUUCCUCUCUACACAUAAGAUCGAGGUGCCGGAGACUAUGAUGAGAGCGGAUGCUGAGGGUGCAGACAUCAAUCCCGUCACUGGUCAACGUCUAGCUGCCGAACCUACAGACCCUGAGCCCGAGAUGACAGACGAGGAGAAGGAGCGCGAAGCCGAACGUCUGUUUGUCUUGUUCGAAAGGUUGAGAGCGACUGGUGUCGUCGAUGUUGAGAACCCAGUGCAUCAAGCAAUGAGGGAAGGUCGCUUCGACAACUGA